CGUUGGGAUGGUGUACAUUUCAUUGAUGAGAAUUUCAGAGGCCAGACUCGUGAUCUCUCCAACUGAUCAGCACGUCACCCUGAAGCCAUCCCAGAUCAGUUUCAAACACCCAGCUUCUUCCUCAACUCUGUCAAACCCCUGUCCCUGUCCCGGACCCCAACUCCAACCUGGGGGAUACACCAGAAGCCCCAGUGUGUCAUCAGUCUCAGCCCAGACCUGGCUCCAGCUCAAAGGCGAUGCUGGGAAACGGGAUCCAUAUGGUGCCACUAUAAAGACUGCUCCGCACCUCCGCCUCAACCAAAGGUCCUCACCACCCGCCUCACUGCCCACCGUCCACACAGGUCUCAGCAGACGUCUCCUAGAUCGUCUCCUAGGGCUGCAUCAGUCCCAUCUGCAUCACAAAGGGAGGUCCAACUGAAUUUGCUAUGAAGAUACUGUAUCAUGUCGUUUUUCUACUUCUGCUGGGAGGGAUCUCCUGCCAGAACAAAAACAACGCCAAGCCAAGUGGAAAGUCGUCCAAAAAAGCUGGAAGUCAGGCUGGAGACGGAGCGCACGAUGAUGAUGCUGCUGACGGGGGUCGAGACUCUGGCACGGGGGGGCGCGGGAGCUCGCACCAGACCACCUCCAACAGCAAGUCAGCCGACGAGAUGAAGCUGCACUCCCUCAAGAACACGCAGGUCACCUGCAACGACGGCACGGCAGCAGGGUUUUACCUAAAGGAGUUCAAAGGAAGCAAGAGAUGGCUGAUAUUUUUGGAGGGUGGUUGGUGCUGUUACAACAAAGACACCUGUGAUUCCAGGUAUAAAAAUACCCCUCGACUGAUGAGCUCCACCGACUGGCCACAGACACGCAAAGGGACUGGAAUUCUGUCCCCGCAAAGUGAAGAAAACCCUCACUGGUAUAAUGCCAACAUUGUGUUUAUUCCUUACUGCACUAGUGAUGUGUGGAGUGGCACCAAGACUACAAAGCCCAAAGAAAAAGGAAAAGACACAGUGGAUUAUACGUUCAUGGGCUCCCUCGUCAUACGAGAGGUGAUCAAAGACCUCACCACCAAAGGAAUAAAACAAGCCAAAGUUGUUAUGCUUUCUGGCACAAGUGCGGGGGGAACAGGUGUGCUGUUGAACAUCGAGAAGGUGUCAAAUCAGCUGGAGCAGCUCGGGAGCGAAGCUCAGGUGCGCGGGCUGGUCGACUCUGGGUGGUUUCUGGAGGGCCGGCAGCAGAAGGUUCUGGAGUGCUCAGAUGGGAUCUCCUGCUCGCCAGUGGAUGCCAUCAAGAAGGGACUGCGGUUAUGGAGUGGAAGUAUCCCGGAGAAGUGUCGGCAGCAGCACAAACGAGGCGAGGAAUGGCAGUGCUUUUUUGGACACAAAGUCUACUCCUCCUUGACCCCGCCGCUGUUUGUGGUGCAGUGGCUGUUUGAUGAGGAGCAGUUGCGUGUGGAGAACAUCUACAUGGGGGGUCAGACCCUCUCGGACCAGCAGUGGACCUACAUGCAGAAUCUCGGCAGGGAGCUGAAGACCUCAUUCAAGGAUGUCACGGCCCUGUUUGCUCCGUCUUGCCUGUCCCACACACUGAUCACCAAAAGUAACUGGUUGGAUUUCCAGGUGAAGGGCACUUCUCUCUCACGAGCAAUCCAGUGCUGGGACAAGAGUCUGCAGGAGGCCAACAAAAACAGCAAGACGGCGCUCAAGGGCUGCCCCUUCCACCUGAUCGAUAACUGCCACUGGCCCCAGUGCAACCCCACCUGCCCCGCUCUCGUGGACCCGGCCACGCAGCAGGAGAUGACGCUGCUCCAGGUGCUGGCCAGCAUGGGCCUGGACCUCCACAAGCUGGGUCUGGACCCCAGGCGUGACGCCCACGCCGUCAGCAUCGUGGGCAGCGGGGGUUAAGAGACGCAGAGUGCAGGUGUAGUAGUGGCAUCUCCGCGGGCAUCCCUUACACUAUUUAGAUGUGGGUCAGAUAGAACGCUGGCACUCUCCUGAUCCUCCUCAUCAUUCCGUCUGUGCUCCAAUGCCGUGUCCUGACCCGUGGUUCUGCCGCUGGGUUUCUGUGCUCCAAUGCCGUGUCCUAACCACUGGUUCUGCCGCUGGGUUCCUGUGCUCGCACGCUCUCCUGGCUCCGCUGUGUGUUCUCUAUAAACGGAAGGUUCUGGGCUUCUGCCAGAAACUCUAGGGUGAUGCAUGAGUGCUGAGUCUCUGUAACUUGUUACCGUGUCUGCAAAAUACUGAUGGCGGUGCUCCAUAAACGCACCUCUCUUUUUUUCUUGUCUUACAGAACCAUCAUAGUAUGUUUAUUUGUAUAUUUGACAAACUCUAGUGUUUAGGUAGUUGAGUUCAGUGGCCGGGUUUUGGAAGUACAAAGGCAACAUUAGAUCUGAGGCACUAGUUGAAGAGGGCACUGCCUUGAGCGCCACAGCAAUCCUUCAGCACCCCACAGCUGUUGGUCCUCUCAGCGUGGGGGGUGGCUAAUUGAUCCGCAAUACUACUAAAGUGUUAGCAUACGCGCAUCACUGAGAUUUGUUUCGUCUGAUGUGACAACAUGGCGCUGCAUGCCGCGAUAAUGUUCUGUUACUGUUAGCCGACACUGUUGAACACACGCAUGUGCAAUUUGUUCUUAUUUUUGCCAUGUGCAUGCUAGGUAGAGGUGUUUCUAAGAUGUCUUCAACGUUGUACUUUAAAGUGAGGCAACAAACUGAAACAGAAAUAUAAACAUAUUGAAUGGGAUUUUGAGUAAGUUAUUGUUUUGUUGUUUUUGUUUGGGGCAUUGCUUUGAAAUGAGUGGGAUACAAAUGACAAACUCAAUGUACUGAGGGCUCUUUGUUCUAAACUGGUAUUUACCUGAAAUGUUUUAAGUGUCUAGUAUUUCAGAUAUUAUAUUUCAGAUAUUAUAUAUUAAAGAUAUUCUAUGUAAUAUUAUUUAUCAAUAUAUUCUUGCAAUAUUUAUCAUAUAUGUUGACAAUUAAUAAAGUGACAGCU